AUGACUGGUCCUACAGCUAUCGAAUACCAAGGACGAAGGCAUGCUUGUUCCAGCUGCAACCAAUUGAAAAGGAAAUGUCAAGUUGAUCCCGGUAGCUAUAUCUGUGGACUUUGUUCGAGGACCAGAAGAACUGAUUGUGAUGUAUCGAACAACUUCCAGACUGACGAAGCCCCUCAGGAGAUUGCCAAGUAUACGAGACUGUACCAACGGGUAAACACGAUAGUUUCGAGUGCUGAUUAUCUGACUGCUGGAGGCCAAGCUCGUCCUAGAUCGAGAUCGACAUCACGAUCGCGAUCUCAAGGGUCUUGCGACAGCUGCAAAAAAAAGAAAAAGCAAUGUAUGAUCCCGAGCGGUGCAGAUAGUUGUUUGACUUGUGAUGCUAGGGAUCCCCGCCUGCCAUGUACUUUCAGAAAUAGUAGGACCAAGCGUGCAGAUAGGAGAGCUCAACAUGGGUGGUUGAAUCGUGAGCCCACGACCCUCGACGAUUAUGGUUUGAGAGCGUAUAUCGAUGCGCCAGACGGUGUACAAACGCUCAAUGCCAUCUUUCAGGAGAAGCUAGGCCUAGAGUACACAGUAUCCACAAGUCAAUCCCAAAAUCUAGCGCCCAUUCACCAUGAUUCAGGCUUUGUUUGGGAAUUGGAUAACGUUGAUGAUCCCCAACAUGAACUUGGGGCUGCGGAACUUGUGCGAGAGGGCGCGAUGCAAGGACUGGAUUUUUCCUUCGGAGCCACUCCUUCGAUCAAUGUCUCUCAUUGGCCCUCCUCGGACGCGACCUAUGACUCGAAUGAAUAA